AUGAUCCUCCUAACCCGGUCGCGACUCAUCUCGUCCCUACGAGCGCUGAAUCGAACAUGGCGCAGCCAUGCAGAAGACCAUGGAAGCACAGGAGAACACCUCCUUGGACGCUUGGUCGAGGUCGUUCGGCAGACGUGGUAUCUGGGAUUUACGUCCUUCGGGGGGCCGCCGAUUCAUUUCCAGAUCUUCCAUGCCCGGUUUGUCGAACACGAGAAGUGGGUUGAUGAGCAGACGUACCAAGAACUCUUCGCUAUCUGUCAGGGUCUGCCUGGACCGGCGUCUACAAAGAUGUUAUUCUGCCUGACGCUGCUUCACGCUGGUUUCAUCCCGGCCUUGCUAGCAUUUAUCCUCUGGUGUCUGCCCGGCGCAAUCGGCAUGUAUGCCCUCUCUCUCGGCGUGCAACGGAUCGACGAAACCCUCCCCACGCCAGUCUACGCUCUUCUCUCCGGUCUGAAUGCCUCGACUGUAGGCAUUAUCGCCCUUGCUGCCGUCCAGCUAGCUGAAAAGGCAAUUCGCGAUAAUAUUUCCCGCAUCUUAGUUAUCUUCGGCGCAUGCGCUGGUCUCUGCUACAGCGCUCUGUGGUAUUUCCCUGUUCUAAUGGUCGCUGGUGGUGUUGCUACUGCCCUGUGGGAUGGGUGGAUGUAUCAACAGAUUCUUAGGGUGAAGAUUGCGUGGAGAAAUAGGAAUCGGCAGCCCGAACCCGAGAGUGAUGCUCCAGGACCCGCAGGCCGUGAGCGUUUGUCUUUGCGGAAUUCAGGACAGGGGGCUGGAACGGAGAUGCUACGGAUGAGAAAGUCCGGUACUGAGGCGUCCCGGCCGAACUCAACUGAUAUCCAGGCCAUAGAAGAAAGAGAAGCGCCUCCUUCACAUGACCAUAUCAUCCGUAUCCGUGUCGGGUCUGGAAUUCUCAUUUUCUUCUUCGCCUCCUUCGUCGCCAUUCUUGUGUCAAGAGCCAAACUCUCAGCACCCCCUGUGUCCCUCGACCUCUUCGCAAAUAUGUACAUAGCCGGCACUGUAAUCUUCGGCGGCGGCCCCGUUGUCAUCCCUUUGCUCCGGUCAUACGUCGUAGACCCCGGCUGGGUUUCCAGUCGAGACUUCCUGAUCGGCCUUGCGAUAAUCCAGGCCUUUCCCGGCCCAAACUUCAAUUUCGCAGUCUUUCUCGGCGCUCUUGCCCUCCGAACCACACCCUUCCCGACAGUCUUCGGUGCAUUUCUCGGCGGGUUAGGGAUUUUCUUCCCUGGGAUUGCCCUCGCUGUCGCGAUCCAGUCAUUCUGGCGUGUUCUGCGGAAACGGAAGUAUAUUGUUGAUUUCCUCCGCGGUGUGAAUGCAUCAGCUGUAGGAUUGGUCUUUACAGCCGUGUACCGGCUUUGGGAAAUCGGGUAUCUGAAUCCGCGAGAUCGUGAGGGACAGAGUCUGGGGAAGGAGCCCUGGUGGGUUGUUAUUGCCGCUGUUACUUAUGCCCAGAGUGCAUGGUUCAACGUUCCGCCUGCGGCUGCAAUUUUGCUUGGUGCUGUGCUUGGGUUGUGUUGGUAUGGAGUCCUCACUUGGGAUGUCUCCAUAUAUCUGCUCCCCGGAAAGCAUAUUUUGAUAACUAACCUCUUACAAAUGUACUCUCACGAUAAACAAACAUGCCUCGAAAUUCCUGUUCCUCUGUCGGUGAAAGACCUAGUUCGUGCCCCGUCGGUCUGCCUUCCUAACCGCGGAGAUCACGAAGGCGUGGAAGUACUCGAGAAAUUCGGCAAAGCUCUACUUCUACCCGAAGAAGAAAUCGCUCAGGCGCAGAACUUGGCAGCCGGCCUUUCGGACAUAGUGGUUCUAUUGGAACGUCCACGCCACAGAAGGGACCACAAACUCAACAUCAGUUUCGAAGACUUUAUCAAAAGUUGCAAGACAUUGUUAGCAGUCGACGAGCUCAUUCGCUUCGCUACCAAAGGUGCCCGAAGCAUACAUACUGUAACCGUACUGGACGCAUUCUCUUAUCGACCUGAUAAAUGUGCAACGGAGGAAGAUAAACAAUGUCAUGAAGUCCUCGCGCAAAUUUUGAGGGCGAAGAAACCAAAAGUUAGAUUAAAAUGUUAUCGUGACGCAUAUCGCGACGAGUGGCUGAAGAAAAUCGAGCUGCCAGGCGAAAUUAUCGACUAG